AUGUCUUCUCCCCAGGACAACUCCAGCUCCUCUCUCCAGCAGAUGACCUCGCUCUUCAGCUCCAUGGCAAGCUACAUGCGUCUGCCGGUUUUGAUCUCUUCGGGUGUCGCUGCUGUGCUGAGUUCGUUACUGUAUUUCAAGCAAAAAGCCCUCAUCUACCCCUCCCAUAUCCCCAAUCUCGCCCGCACCGAAGUCCCCCGGCCCUCGCAAUUCGGCAUCACCGAUUUCGAAGAACUCAUGAUCCCUACCCCCGAUGGCGAAAAACUCUCUGCAUUCUACAUCCGGGGGCCCAAGGUUCCUUCGAACAAGAAUAGGAAUACAACGGUGUUGAUGUUCCACGGCAAUGCAGGAAACAUUGGUCACCGAGUGCCCAUUGCGCGUAUGUUCGUGAAACGCAUGGGAUGCAACGUAUUUAUGCUCGAAUACCGCGGCUAUGGACUUUCAACAGGUUCCCCAGACGAGGUCGGUUUAAUGAUUGAUGCGCAAACGGCGUAUGAUUAUAUACGGAAAAGAGCGGAGACCAGGAACCAUGAUAUCGUCGUGUUUGGGCAGAGUUUAGGGGGUGCGGUGUCCAUACAGCUGGCGGCGAAGAAUCAGCAUGAUGAGCGGUUCAGUGGGUUGGUGCUUGAAAAUACGUUUUUGUCGAUGAGGAAGUUGAUUCCUUCCAUCAUCCCACCAGCUAAAUACCUAGCCGUCCUCUGCCAUCAAGUCUGGCCAUCCGACACCUUCAUCCCCUCUAUAACCGAACUCCCAAUUCUCUUCCUCUCUGGUCUCCAAGAUGAAAUAGUACCACCCUCACACAUGCGCCGCCUCUUCGAAAUCUCCCAAUCUCCUACCAAGAUCUGGAAGCCUCUGCCAGGCGGAGACCACAAUUCCAGCGUACUGGAAGAGGGGUACUUUGAGAGCAUAGAAGACUUUGUCGCAAAUCUAGAGACGAAAAAUGGUUAG